UCGACUCAGCAACCUGGUCCUUCCGUUGGCCUCUCGUGACCUCGGUUGACCCCUCCUUGUGACCCUGGCCUCCGUCAGCCAUGAGUGAAGUGGAGGGAGUACCAGAGCUUCUCACCUGUGCCUCGCCCGAAAGGCCAAGCCGCUCAACAAUUAUACAGUUCCGCAAGCGAUGGUGACGUAGGUGUCACGUGACUAUGGCCGUGACGUCACUACCUGAUGGCAAUGAUACUAUGAUUCCUUCUUCUGUACUUCUUGACACAUUAACAACUACUCCUAUGGACGACGAAGCUAUGAGACGACUGGAAAAACGCCUCGAACUGGAAGAGUUCUACUCGACCUACGAUGUCUGGACAGGAAUCCGCACAGCCAUCACACUCGCCCUCUUCUUCAUCUUCAGCGUGACUAUCAUCCUUUACAAGAGCAAGUGCAAACCCCGCCGGAAAUAUGAGUUGUACCCGAGCCUCGAGGAUAUGCCCGGGAGACCAUUGGAUUACUACGACUAUUGGUAUAACAGCCCGGCCAGUAACGACACCAACCCAAAGGUUAAUGGCGUGGACAUGUUAGGGAGAUGCUACGACAACGGCCGAGGGGAGACCGGGUCAGCGCCCUUGCCUAAGAGGUCUAUAGGGUCAUACUCAAGCCUUAACAAUUCCUUCAGGGUCAAGAGCCUCCCCGGCAGCGUCAUGAGGAUCAACUGGUCCAGAAUGAGCUCCUCCGAAAGGGACGACGUCUCUCAGACCCAGUCGUGUCGGUCGGAGUUCCUGCGAGUGCCUGGCGUGCGCCUUCAGUCUACGGGGUCCAGCAGUGAUGGCUACAGUGCUUCUUCCUCCACGCACGACCUGCCCGCUGAAAUUAACUCGGUGGCUCUGUUGGGUGUCCCUGGGGUUCCUCCGCGAACAGGCAAGCCUCUACUGCAGCUCGGAGGAAUGGACUGGGACAGCGAUCAUGCAACGGCAGAAUGGAUUCAAACUAUUGAUAUUAAUGUUAUUCAGCCUACUCCAAAUAUAUCGCCGUGUGGCUCAGUUCGCAGCGUUUCUGACAAUUCAGAACUGUCGCGGCUGCCACUGCCCGGGCGCGGCCGAGUACAGUCGAUAUUGUCUUUAGAUUCCCCGGACUUUGAUAGUCGUUCCAUUGGGUCAGAUUCUGUGUUUAUGGAAGAUUCUGUGGGUGAAACAUGUAGCAGUUUCUCAGAGAGCAUGGAGAGUGGAACUUCGUUUAUGGGGCGGUCACCUUCACCAAGGAACCAGCGGGUGGUUCAGUCAUACAGAUUAGGCAUCAAUCCAUCUGGUCCUGCAUCACCCUCUGGAACUUACAAAUCUCCUGUCCGAGCUCCAACCCUUGGUAACCUGCAUAAACCUAAAGACCAACGAAGUCGCCAAAAGAUGCUUCAACGGCAGCGCUGUGAAGAUCAGGAUAAUCCGCUUCCUGGUAUCAUGCUGUCAGCACCUACAAUGGAGUCAUUGGUGUUGCCUUCAAUAAGCAGCCAUUUGAGUGCUUCUUGUGAAAAAUUGGCUGUUCAUUCAGCAAUGACAUCGGAAAGUGACUUAGCCAACAGCCACACAUCCCUCGCCCCAACCAGUAGUGUAGAAGAGCCAAUGUGUGCAGUUUUCACGGUGCCAGCACUUCGGAGAACUAACUCAGCAACUACACCUCAGAUGAAAGAGGAGGCAGCAAGUAGUUUUAAGAGGGCUGAUAGUGAACAGAAUCCCAUGCAGAGAGCAGACAGUUCUGCAUCACAUCAAAGACGAUCUAGUGAGUCUUCUACUGGUUCUGAUGCCAGUGAAUCAGUAUCAUUCCAUUUGAUGGUGCCAGAAUUAAGUAUAGAUAAUCCCAGUAAUGAUACAAGCCCAUCUGGGUCUCCCCACAGUUCUCCUUCAGCUUCCCCAGUUCCAGUACGAGCUGCUACACAGAAACCUCCUCCACGGCCCCCUGAGCCUACUCCACCACCCAUUAAGGCAGGAUCUUCACGGCCAGCAACACGUAAUGAACGGCGAGUCCUCAGGCGCCAGUACAGUACAUAUGGCCCUGCAAGUCCCACACUCAUGCGUGAGGAGCAAAGUGGACACCAUUCACUGCCGACGUACAUGGAAGAAACUGAUACUGAUGAUCCAAAUCAACCCCCGGCACCCCCCAGUUCUCCAUACCCUCUUGCUCAUCUUCUAUCACGGGAAGGCUCAGUCUCUCCCCAAUCAUUAGCAUCUCCUUUAUCACCAAUUCCACUCGCACACAGACUUCAGCGAGAUGGGUCUGGCUCUUCACAGUCCUUAGCUUCACCUGGCUCCCCUCGACUGCUAGGCAAUCGUCUUCUCCGUGAGGGGUCAGAGUCUCCACAAUGGCCAGCUUCCCCCACAGCAAAUCGUCGUGAAGAUUCAAAGGCCUCUCCUAAUUCUCCUCUUCCAGCACAUAAACGUGCUCAGCGUGAAGAGUCAGCAUCUUCUCAGUUCCUUACACCUACUACUAAUCUUCACCCAAAAGUCCGUCGACUCCACCGUGGUGACUCUGAUGCCAACCAACUUCUGGCUCCUGUUUCUACACACCAGAAAGUCCGACGGCUCCAUCGUGAUGAUUCAACCUUCUCCAAACUGACAUCUCCCACUACACCACAACAAUCAAAGAGUCUCCAACGUGAUGACUCUAGUUCUUCUCAUUUAUCAACCCCUCCUGCUACUCCUCUCCCAACGUGCAAACAUAUCCAACGAGAUGAUUCUGAUUCAUCUCACAUUCCUGAAUCUCCUAGCUCAACCAAGUCAUCAACACAUUAUCUCCAGAGUGAUGAUUCUGCGUCAUCUCCAAGUUCUCCUCUCCCAACAGUCAGACGUAUGCAGCGUGAGGACACUGACUCUUCUAACAUUCCAGACUCCCCAGUUUCUCCUGAGUCAACAUCCCAACCCCUCCAGCAAGAAGACACUGGAACUGGUUCCUCAAGCAUGCCUACACCUCCAAGCACACCUCAUUCAGUAAUUACACAGCUGGAGCGGGAUGAUUCAGACACCACCUCUCCUGUUCUAGAAUCAUCAAGUUCUUCCCAGCCAUCAACACCCCGGUUCUUGCGAGAGGACUAUGCUUCUCGUCGUAAGUCUCCAUCACCUGUUUCCCCACAUGCAACAAUCCAACGACUACAUGCUGAGCAGUCAGGCUCGCCCAAAUUGCUAUCAUCCCCUUGCUCCCCAAAAUCACCAGCUGCCCGUUUUCAGCAGGAACAUCCUAGUACCCCUCUGGGUCUCUCAGGCUCACCGCAUUCUAAAGGUCCGACAAUGAAGCGAGAAGACUCAUGUUCUCCCCAGCCCCCAGCACCUCCAAGUUCACCAUUACCAAAAGUAAGACGCAUCCAUCGUCAGGAUUCACGAAAUUCCUUGCCGCAAAUUCCCCCUCCUUCACCUAGUAUCCUUAAAAAUCGUCGAGAUUCACAACCACAAAUGUCCCCAGUGUCUCCUUAUAGAGAUCGUCGAGAUUCACAGCCACAAAUGUCCCCAGUGUCUCCUUACAGAGAUCGUCGAGAUUCACAGACACUCCAGUUUGAAAUGUCUCCUUCUUCUCCUGUGACCUUUCAAUUUGAUCGUCGAGAAUCGCUCAAACAGUCCCAAAUCCCUUCUUCUCCACCUGCAACCUUUGUCUGUCGCCGUGAUUCUCCUUUAUCCCAAAUUCCUCCUGGUUCCCCAUCAUCAGCUUUUGUGAGCCGACGUGAUUCACUUCAGUCGCAGAUGCCUCAAAUUUCUCCCUCAGCAACUUUCGAAAGACGCCGUGAUUCUCCUCUGUCCCAGGUCCCCCCUGGUUCCCCAUCAUCAGCUUUUGCAAGCCGACGUGACUCACUCCAGUCACAGGUGCGUCCAAUGUCUCCAUCAGCAACUUUGGAAAGGCGUCGCGAUUCACCCAUGUCCCAGAUUCCCCCUGGGUCCCCAUCUGCAGUAGCUUAUGCAAGCCGCCGUGACUCACUCCAGUCACAGGUGCUCCCCAUGUCUCCAUCAGCAACUUUGGAAAGGCGUCGCGAUUCACCCAUGUCCCAGAUUUCCCCUGGGUCCCCAUCUGCAGCAACUUUUGUAAGCCGACGUGACUCACUACAGUCACAGGUGCUCCCCAUGUCUCCAUCAGCAACUUUGGAAAGGCGUCGUGACUCACCCAUGUCCCAGAUCCCUCCUGGUUCCCCAUCAGCAGUAGCUUUUGCAAGCCGACGUGACUCACUACAGUCACAGGUGCUCCCCAUGUCUCCAUCAGCAACUUUGGAAAGGCGUCGUGACUCACCCAUGUCCCAGAUCCCUCCUGGUUCCCCAUCAGCAGUAGCUUUUGCAAACCGACGUGACUCACUCCAGUCACAGGUGCUUCCCAUGUCUCCAUCAGCAACUUUGGAAAGGCGUCAUGAUUUACCUAUGUCCCAGAUCCCUCCUAGUUCCCCAUCAGCCUUUGCAAAGCGAUGGGACUCACUUCCAACACAGAUACCCCCUGCUUCUCCGUCGGCAACUUUUGUAAGUCGCCGUGAUUCACCUCUGUCUCAAAUCCCUCCUGGUUCCCCAUCAGUAACUUUCAUAAAUCGACGAGACUCACUUCAGUCACAGAUGCCUCCUGCCUCUCCAUCAGCAAUUUUCGAAAGGCGUCGUGAUUCACCUUUGUCCCAGAUCCCUCCUGGAUCCCCAUCAGCAGUUUUUACAAGUCGACAUGACUCACUUCAGUCACAAAUACCUCCUGUUUCUCCAUCAGCAAUUUUCGUUAGUCGCCGUGAUUCACCAAUGUCUCAGAUCCCUCCUGGUUCUCCAUCAGCUGCUUUUUCAAGUCGACGUGACUCACUUCAGUCACAGAUACCUCCCACCUCUCCAUCAGCAGUUUAUUCAAGUCGUCAUGAUUCGCUUCAAUCAGAAAUGCCUUUUAUUUCUCCAUCAGUGAACCUUGCAGGUCGCCCAGAUUCAACUCAUUCUCGGAUGCCACCUUCUUCCUCACCAGGAGCCUUUAUUACUAGCCCAAGUUCUGCUGCUUCUCCCGAUACAGCCUAUGUAAGUCGACGAGAUUCACUUAUACUCCAGCCAGAAAUUCCUUCCUCUUACCCAUCAAAAUCUCCCAUGAUUCAUCAAGACUCACUAACACUCCAGUGCCAGAUAAUGUCCACUUCUCCACCAGCUCCAUUCAUGGAUCGACAAGAAUCUCUUGAAGCACCCAUUGCCCCCAGUUCACCACCAUCUCCAUUCAAAGACCGCCACGAUCUACUUCCAAGACAAACUGAAAUCCUUCCUGCUUCAGCUAUAUCUCCCUGCAUCAUGCGUCAAGCCCCAAGCCUAGAACAGCCAAAACUUGUACGAAGUUCCCCAGUAUCUCCCUACAUAAAUCAGGAAAAUUCGUUACCAACUCAGUCAACUAAACCUCCUAGCUCUUCACAGCCGAUGACACGUCAGGACUCAAGCUCCCCGCAGCCUCCAGCACCACCUAGCUCUCCACGGCCAAAACCCAGACGACUUCAGCGUCAGGACUCGAGCUCAUUCCAGUCCCAAUUGCCUCCUGCAUCUCCUAAGUCCCCCUUCAUAAACAAAGAUUCGCUUGCUUUCCAGACACCAAUUCCGAGUUCGCCCGGACCUUAUAUAAAUCAGGAUACACUCUUCCCUCAUUCCUCAGAUAUCGUAAGUUCGCCUGAGGGUCACUUCCUCAGUCGUGAAGAUUCCCUUUCACCUCAGCCCUUGCCCCCUCCAAGCUCUCCUCAACCGAAACCCCGUCGUUUUCAGCGUCAAGAUUCAUACAAAUCUUUGCCCCCGAUUCCUCCAUGUUCCCCUAAAUCACCUUUCAUAAACCGCGAAGAUAAAUUUUUCUCCCAGGCUAAGCCAGCAGCUAGUCCACGUGACGACUCCUUGUCGACCCAGCCCCAAGCGCCCAUGGCCUCUCCCAAACCAUGCAAGCGAGUACACCAAGACGGGUCGAGUUCACCCAAAUCCCCAGCGCCAACUAGCCCUCUGAAAUCAAAAGAGUCGGGCUCACCCAGAGCUACAACCUCCCCUGUUCCCCAGCAAUCAAAAACGAGCCCCACCUCUCGUGAAGGCUCAGGCCCGCCUUCCCCAAGUCAUUCUGUUAUGGAGACCUCCUGCUAA